CACCCCUCCAUCACUCCUCCUCCUCCUCCUCCUCUUCCUCCUCUUCUAUCUCUGCUCCAUCACUGAAUCUGCUCUCCGUUCAUCCGGGAUUAUAAUCUGCAACAUCCGCGCAAAAACAUGUCGACACCAGAGGGCGCUCCAGGGGCUCCAGGGCCCACAAACUCAGAUGGGCCUCCAGCUGCAGCUCCUAAUCUGACCAGUAACAGACGACUGCAGCAGACACAGGCUCAAGUCGACGAGGUGGUGGACAUCAUGCGUGUGAAUGUGGACAAAGUUCUGGAGAGAGACCAGAAGCUCUCGGAGCUGGACGAUCGAGCAGACGCUCUUCAGGCCGGAGCCUCUCAGUUUGAGAGCAGCGCCGCCAAACUCAAGAACAAGUACUGGUGGAAGAACUGCAAGAUGAUGAUUAUAAUGGCCAUUGUAGGAGUAAUAUUUUUUGCUGUCAUUUUCUUGUAUUUCUUCUAUUGAGCUGUUCAUCAAAAACCGAAACCUCAAACUCCUCCAGGAUCUGCAGAUUUCUUUAUCAGCAUCUAAAAUAAACUUUGAAACAGGACCAAGUUAAGGGCCCACAUUUCCAUAUAGAUUGUUCUAUUAAAGACACAAUAUGUAAUUUUUCUGGUGAAGGGAGAUUACUGCUUGUGCCAGAAAUGUUCCACAGUAUGACAUAACAAAUUUAAUAAAUACAUGAUGAGUUUAUUAUUGCUCAGAGGCAUUCUUAGUGUGUGCAGACUCUCCUCUCCACAGAUCUGGCCUGUAAGCUGUCUCCAUGGAGAUCAGUUUAAUGCCAGACUGUGGAAUUUUACUAGACAAAGCAACGUCAUCUCCAUGAAUCCCACUCCAGAAAAGUUAUCUCUAAAUCUCUAAACAUAAAUAAGCUAAAGAAAUUAUAAUAUGAACUAUUUUUACAGACCAACCAACUCAAUAAAUAUGUGUAGAAAAUGUGAAAAGCAGUUACGUAAUGUGUAACUAGACCCAACUACAGUAUUUGCAAUAAGCCUUUGUAUCUUCACCUGUUAUAAGUGCU